AUGGGGAGCCAAGCGCACUUUGGAACUGAAUGGGCUAUUUUUGGAAACGGGAAUUCUACAUACUCAAACUCCUAUAAUGGGGCUGCAAAAAGGAUACAAACGCUACUCACACAAGGAAAAGCAAAGUUCCUCCUACCAAACUACUUCCACGGAGACACUGCGAUAGAAGAUCCUCCUUGGGCCCAGCUAGAGCAAUGGCUACAGGAUGUUUCUAUUCAGCUUGGCGGAUCUUCUACUCAAGAGCCCACCGGGCACUACCAAUCACCUUCAGGUAGAAUUGCCAGCUACCCUUUCAACACGUCUACGCCAGCGACCAUUACAUCAUGUACACUGCUGUCAUCGAAUAUCCGUCGCCUUGUUUUGAAUGUUGAAAAGGCCAAGCGCGGAGACUUCGUUCAUGCUGAAAUGCUCGUCCCAAAUCGGUGUACAGACGUUAAGAAAGUUCUUAAAGCCUUUGGGCUGUCAGGAAGAGAGGUUGUAGGCCCAGGGUCAUCUCCACUAACUACGCAGGAAGUAAUGACCCAUUUCGUCGAUCUAAAAAGGCCGUUCACACAUACUCGUUGGUCUAAGGCAGACAAGCUUAACUAUCAAGAUGAAAAGGCAUUGUUGAGCUGGCCGAUACUCAAGACAAGCGAGCUCUUCCACGGACGCUGGCAAUGCAAAAUCGAUCCUACGGCAUUGUGCGGAGCUUUACCACUCAGUAGACCCCGCCACUUCUCGAUUGCGUCCUCGAAAUUCGACAAGACGGGUGAAUUUCUUGAGUUCCUUGUCAAAUGCCAGAGAAACGGUAGAUUCAGCUCUGAAUUCUUGUCCACGGCAACUACGGGAACAUCUCUGCGAAUUCGAUUCGCCGGAACCUCAUCGCUCUCUAUGAUCGAAGACUAUUCGAAGCCAAUAAUUGCUUUCGCAACUGGAUCUGGAAUAUCUUCUGUCAAGUAUAUACUACAGCAACGGUUCCGUCAGUCACUCAACCAUGCUACAUCACAGGAAGAGCCCAUUCUGAAGCCAUCUACGACUAGCCUUUUCGUAGGAUUCCGAUCCGAGGACGCCCACAUGGUCUCGGACGCUCUCCAUAAUGCGAUCCGCUCCAACAUGGUCGACAUCUUAUCAUUGACGCCCAGCAAUCCAGAAAAAUCGCGUGCCCAAGACAAGGUAUUCGACAUUAAGUUUCGAAACAUCAUCUCGGCUAAGAUCAGGGAUGAAUCAUGCUAUGUCUUUGUGUGUGCGUCGCCGCAAGCUGCCAAAGGGUUUUCGUCAAACUUGAGCGCUCUAAUCGGUAGGAAUGUUCGCGAUGCUCUGGGAGAAAGAUACAUCGAAGAAGUGUUCGAAGCGGCAUAG